UCGAUUUAUUUAGCGCCGAUAUGUACGUACCCGCUUCUUACAACGCUGCCGUGUUGCGUUGUAUUGUCCAAGCUCCACAGGAGUGAGCGGAAUAGCGUAGCAACCGAUCACGAAAGCCGAGGACUGUGGAUAUAAAUGGCCUCAAACUCGCAUAUCAUUAUCGGUGGUGAUGUCCGUGCGUUAAUAUCGGGCCGUCAUCUUCAUAAUCUGUGGUGGUACCGGAAGCUCGAAGAAACUGCUGACCAGUUGUUUUCUUGGAGGUAGUUGGAUUGCGACCGUCUGUGAAAUAGUGUGUGAUAUCUUCAGACUCCGGAGUCCCCUAGCGUCGCAGAAACUACUAUCUUAAGUUAUCCGGCAUAAUCCAUUAUGGCGGCCGAGUCUGGAGGGAGUGUCUUCUUUGAGGAUUCCAAUGACACCCGAGAAUGCUCUAGCGUAGUGGACCAGCUGACCGAUUCCACUAGGGUCGAAUCGUCGACAAAUCUGGCCACACUGGCUCCCUCGCAGGUCGAGAGCGGCAGCUUCGACUUGUCUACAAACCAGCAAACGUUGCCGACGAGCGAGGAGUUUGCCGAAGAUGAGCGCUCGAACAAUGACAGUGCAUCGUGGCAGGAUGGUGACACUGAUCUAGCGACGGAGUGUGCGAGCUCGGAGUUCUCGUGUCCUCCAUUCUUGGAAGUGGACUUCUCAGAUCUGCAGUUCUAUGAACGAUGCGGAGGUGGUGCUUUCGGGAGUGUUUACCGUGCUAAGUGGAAGUCUCAGAACCUACAAGUGGCAGUGAAGAAGCUUUUAGUCCUGGAAAAGGAGGCGCAAGUUCUAAGUGUGCUGAGCCACCGGAACAUCAUCACGUUUUACGGGGCGGCCACUAAGGCGCCGAAUUUCUGUAUUAUCACAGAGUAUGCGGAACACGGCUCCCUGUAUGCUUUUCUGGCCAUGCAGGAAAACGACUCCAUGCUGAGCUUUGGUCAGAUUCUCCUCUGGGGCAUUCAAAUUGCUGCCGGUAUGCACUAUCUGCAUGAAGAAGCACCCAUUAAAGUCAUCCAUAGAGACCUGAAAUCUAAGAAUGUCGUUAUAAGCUCAGACUACACAUGCAAGAUAUGUGAUUUUGGUGCUUCUCGUUUCCUGGGUGCUACAACGAGAAUGUCACUGGCAGGCACGUUACCCUGGAUGGCACCUGAGGUGAUUCAGUGCUUGCCAUCUUCAGAGACAUGUGAUGUCUGGUCUUUUGGUGUGGUUCUCUGGGAGCUGCUCACCCACGAAGUUCCCUUCAAGGGCAUAGAAGGGUUUCAGGUGGCUUGGGCUGUUGUUGAGAAGGAAGAGAGACUCACCAUUCCAAGCACCUGCCCCGCUGCGUUUGCAAACUUAAUGACUGCUUGUUGGAAAACGGAUCCCAAGGAACGGCCCCCAUUUUCUACCAUACUGCAACACUUAAAUGCUAUGAGUGAAGAUGACUCUCUGUGUAACCUUGCAUCGGCAUAUUUGAGUCAGCGGAGUGUUUGGAAGCAGGAAAUUGAAUCGACUUUGGAGUUGAUGAAGCGGGCUGAGCGAGACCUUAGUCAAAAGCAAAAGCAGCUAGAAGAAUGGGAAAGUCGUUUGCAGCAGAAGGAGCAACUUCUUGAACGACGCAAGGGUUGCAUGGAGCUCUAUGUUCAUGAUGUGAAUACUUGGACUGUGGACCAUGUGUUUCUCUGGGUUCAGCAGUUAGGAUGUGAUGAUGCCACGAAGGACUUGGAGCAGUAUGCGGAGAUGUUUCGCUUUCAGCAGAUUUCAGGAAAACGACUGCUCCUUCUCACAGUGGAGCACUUGAAAGACAUGGGCAUUGCCCCUUUGGGACACAGACUGGCACUGAUGGACGAGAUUGAAAAGCUUGCCACGGAAAACAGACGCAAGUUUGAGAUGUCACAGCGAGAGUCUUUGAGCCAUGGUCAUACCUCCUCCACCUUUGGUUCCUCCGCUCUGGGAACGGCGAGUUUUGCAUCGAUGACAACGUCCUUUGGAUCCCUGGGCUCCAGAGUGCCGUCAGGUUCAACGCCACUUUCAGAGCCUAUGCUGCUGCGACUCACGUUGUUGUUUGGCAGCCACGUUCGGCUGGGCGCAAGUUCGCGCGAGCACAAGUGGAAGGCUUUCGUGGAGUUGGACACGGGCGAGACACACUUGGCCGGUGAUGUGGCCACCCGCUGCAUCAGCAACGUCACCUUCGAGUGUGCCCAGUCUGGCCUCUUCCUUACGCGCAUAGCUCAGCCACCAUUUGUGAUGGACCGAUGGUGCAUUGGGAUUACUCCAGAAACAGUUGUGACGUGUGUCGUUAAUUACGAGCUCUGUGUUCUGGAGCCCCGGUCUACAAUGCUCACCCAUCGGGUGCGCCCAGAAGGCGGCGUACCCGAGCAGAUUGAGGUGGUCCUGAGGCUGGCCCCACUCGGCCUUCGUCGUGAGGACGGCUCACGAUCCUCCUCCAGGCGAGAGGCUCACUCGGCACCGUCCAGAGCCCGCCGUCUCUCAGAAGACUUGCUGCCCGAGGCCUGGCGUCAGCGUGGCAGCCUCUUCGGCAGCUUUUCACCGACCCGGCGACCAACGCACCGCCGAUCACGCUCCGGAGGUGACAGUUGCUGGGGUGCAUCCUUGCUGUCGGCGGCCACACGCAGUGGCUCUCCUCUGUCGUCGUUUGCACCUAGGCGGCUGCUAUCGUCGCCCGCCGGCGGAGACCUGUCGAGCGAAGAGGAGGAAGAAUGCCUGGCCCACCUUGCCUCAGAGCUCGGAGGAACGGGAGGUACCUCUUCGACCGGGAGGAGCCGCCUCAAAGAGCACCGGCGCCACCGUCUGGCAUUCUCUCUCCACUCCAGCUCGGAGGACUCCCUGAGCGACCAGGGUGCCUCCAGCCUCCGGUCGCACUCUCUCGCGGGAAAUGCCACUUCAGGACUCGCGGAUAGCCGUUCACGGCACGAAGACGAGCGGCACCGGCGAAACAGCACGCCGACUCGUCGCCGGGAUCCGAAGAAAUACCGGCACUCGAUGAGUGACAGCGGCUUUGCGUCCUCUGACACAUCCAGGCAAGUGCUGCGCGUCGAAAAGUGCCACGUCAAACUCAAGAGUGGUGGCGACCUGCCGGCCGACCGCACCGAACUCGACAUUGGUUUGGGGCCCAGCUUAAGCUCUGGCUUGAGCUCGGGCUUGAACAGACUCAGUUUCAGCCUGGAGACCGACGGCUUCCGACUUGGAGGCCGGGAGCGAAGGUUGGGGGGACUGCUUGACCGCGUAGCUGGCAACAUUGGCUGGCGUCGCAUGGGCUACGAUGGUUCCAUGUGAACUGUAGUCUGUUGUAGUGUUUCAGCAUGCACCUAGUUUCUUUUGUGACAGGUGGAAAAGGGGAAAAAAAGAAACAAAAGAAGUACCUCUGCUAAGUAUUUUCGUCAAUCAAUGCUAGUCUUUCACUUGCUGAGCAAUAUUUGUAAUGUCUUGUAUUGCCGCGCUCAAUUUCUAAAUAUUUUGCUCGGCCUUUUGCCAGCAGUAGGGCACCCAUUGUUUGGUAAUGCAUUGCAGUUUGCUCUUGCAACUGUGCUGUUGUUGCCGCUGAGCUUCCAACCCUGGUUUGCUGUAUACAAAUGUUUCUUUGCAUCUUAGCACUAACUUCAGACCUCAAGUUUUUAUCUUCAUGUUGUACGGGCAAUAUUAGUGGCGAGUGAAUGUAAAGCUUAGAAAGGCCCGCGUGUACAUUUAAUGUUAUGGGGCUUUGCAGACGUAGUUUAACUGCUUUCCUGGUGUCACUAUGCUAGAGAAUUGGUGCUUAAAGUAAAGCGCUUUAAGUAACGAAAGUUAGCUUCAGUUUUUCGUGUGACCACCUCACGAAACCGCUGUGCCCUUAAAUAGUGAUACGAGAUACUGCCUGCUUUUUGCAGACAUGACUGUGCCUUCUAAUUUAAGUGCACCGGCGAAUUUUUUUUACCAAGAAAAAAAAAAAAGAUGUCAUUGCUAGUUUUUAUUUCAACUUGCUAUGCCAUACGGGGUGUACGUGUAUGCUUGGAACUUACUUAAGUUAUCAGUUGCUUUUUAUUAAUUCAGAGCAUUUCCCAUAAGCAUUAAUAGAAAUAUCAAACAAGACUGCCAUCAAAACGUACCAAAAAAGCAUUUGGCAUGCCAUAAGAAAACUCUUGAAGAGUGUGUACUAAUAGAAAUAGAGAAGCCUAUUGUUUAGUGCCUCUAUCAGUGGAGUUACUGGUUCAUUAAAUUACUCAUUACAGUGUACUUUUUGUAACUAUGGCACUCAUAUACGGUAGAGCGUUGUUAGCCUAACAUGCAGAAUAAGCUGUGAUUGCACUCUUGUCAUAUGCUGCAGGAACAUGAAGUUGCAGUCGUUUAGCAGUUUUUAUUUCUGAACCAUGUUAUAUAGUAUUGAUAAGUAUUUUAGUUCAUAGUCGUUAUGUCCUGAUCUGUAUCAUGGAGAUGAAGAAAAACGCAUGUGCGAAUUCUGUGAAUGUACAGUCAUGGUAUUAUUUUUUAUUGCAAGAAAACACGUUUAAGCUAAUUAACACAGACGUUAGACAUAUUCCUAGUCAAGGUAGUAGCCUUUGUUCAACCGUGAGAAAACCCCUUGUGUCACUACUUCUAAUGCUUAUAGUCAACAUGUCAUGGAUUGUCAUUGUUAAAUUUCAGUACGAAUGGAGAAGUACCUGCGAUCACUGCAGAAUUUCGCUGUGGUCUUUAGUAUGGUAAUUAGGAGAAAAGAAAAUGGGUUGUGAGAUGUAAGUCAGCUUACAAUAUGUUGAGAUCCCGCUAUUGUACCAGUUUUUUUGCUUGAUACAGGAGCCAUCUGCACAUUAGGACUUGAGACGCCUUUAAAAACACCCUGAUACACUUCUUGAGCAUGGUCGAAAAAGGCUUCCAAUGUGCCGUCAAGGGUCCCGAGAACACACGAGCCAGGAAUUGUUGUGCAGCAUGUGGCCUAGAAUUCAAAAUUAAUCUUCAAAGUCAGCUAGAAAUCGCUCUCUCCUCUCUGUACAAAUUAUGCGAUAUAGUUCUGUGCCAUAUAUGUACUACUCACAUCUGCAGCGGUGGCUGAUUCGAGCAUCGUGAGUUGCUUAGUUGCCGUGCGCUCUUGAUACAAUGAAUGUAAGCUGCAUGUUCAAAGAAAUACAACAAAAGAAAGUUCUGAAGUUCAUGACACAUGCUGAUGAAGGGGCACCUCUUGUUCCCUUGUAGUCCCUGCGUAGCUUUCAGGAAAGUUUGUGGAAAAUACAUGCAGCUCUGCUUGUACAUGACCCAUUCUAAAAAUUUUGCGGCAUGUAAUUCGUGAAGCAUCAUGGGCUAAUAGUGAGACAUUUUUAUUAGAAUUUGGAAAAGUGUUGCAGGGCCCUUUUGGAACCAGCCCUGUUGUCUCAUAAUAUCUGAACAGCUCUUGAUACAGUAUGACAGUUCACACGCCUUUAUCUGGUUCCUUGUCAUAGUGCUAAUAGAAGAAAGAUAGUAGUGUAAAGAAGAGAGCAGCCAAGUAUAGGCGAUAUUCUAGAAAAGAUAAAAAGAAAAGAAAUGGAAUUGAGGGAGGUUGCAUGGUGCGAUAAGGGGUGUUCUGUAGAGUAACAGAACUUGGGGCUUGUGGUGUGGGAGAUUCAGUCAGGUGUGGUAGAAGAGUAGGUGUUGUGAGUUGGGAUGUUCAGAAACUAGCAGAUAUAACGUAUAGAUACUGUUGAUGCAGUUGAAGCUGAAUAUAGCGAAUUGUUCUCUAUAUCAAACUCCCAUUCAUAUUCACAUUCAAUAUAAUGAAAACUGUGUAGCACUGCAACCACACAUGUGUAUUUCACCUCAAAGAAAUGUGAUCAUAUCUGCCAUAGGAUGUCUUCAUAAUGACAAAAUAGCGCUUUUUUUGCCAAUGCGAUGCAUCGAAUGUGAAGUGCAGUGCAAUUUUUAGAGGAAAAUGAGCAAAGUGCACAUGCCGAUUGCCCACACAUCUCGGACUCUACUUGCACUAUAUAAUGACAAAUUUGCUUUUCUAAGCUUUACCACUACAUAUAUAUGUAAUGUGGUGAAGAGUACUAAGAGCGAAGAGAACUGCUAUGUGCACUGAAACCCGUGUCCAUUCAUUAUCAGAAAGAUGCAGCUUUAAGAACAUUUUCUCGUCUUGCACAUGCAUUCCAAAAGACGGUGUGGCUUAGAUAUGGACAAUGAGUUGACUUUUAUGGCUUUGUCAUGGUCUUCAAGAAACAAAUUGGCCAAUUAUUGCUUUUAAAUAUAUCUCGGAACUGUCCGAAAUAUGCUUAGUUUCUCUAUAAGCUUCAGAUAGGCAUGUACUACACUUCACAUUAUCAAUGCGUUUAAAAUGCCCUUUGAGUUCAAUAUAACCAGUCUCAAUUGUAUAUGGCAAAGUAGAGCAUUGAUGUAGAGCGGCUGGUACAUAUUGAUGUCAAAAGAGUAUUAGAGGGCCGGACAUCUCGUCUUUUAUCUUUUGAGUUUCAAUCCCAACAGUGGUAAGGGGAAAGUGUUCUUCGCAUGCAGGACCUAAAUUGAAGAAAUGAAAGAGGAUUACUCUGACAGUGAUUUAGUUCUUACUGGCUCAGUGCAAUUGUGUGAAAUUGAGGUCAUAAUAGCAUGGUGAUGAUGAUGAUGUUUAUUUUGGUCUGGAGAAGACACAGGGGAGACACCGUGCCACCCAGCAAAUCCCACGUAGGGAUUGUCAAGCCCAGCUUGGCGGGCCCGUUCAUGGGCACUUGGGCAGUCAGGUUUUAAUCGUUGAACGAAAUUCUCAUGUUUCCUUUGAAUGAAGUGUACAGUGUUGGUUGAGAAGUUUUUAACCUGUGAAUUGGUUUUAUUGGUGAGCACUGCUAUGUACUAUGCGAGGCAUUAUGCAUAAUGUAUUGCAUGUUUUUUUCAUUGUGCCAUAAAAGAAGAUCUUCACUUU